AUUUGCCCCACUCCAUCCGUCAUCAAACAAUCAUGGCGGACUACCGAGAGGCGCCCUUGGCCACUCGGCCAAAAACGUUGGAUCCAAACGAAUAUUUCAACCUGUCGCCGGAGCAGAGGCGUGCCGAAGAAGCCAGAGGUGCAAUACGAGCGAAUCUGAAGAGGCAGUAUCAGACGCAACUCAACAACCCGCACAGACAAGAGCUCAUUGAAGAUCCUGCCCUAACAAGAUGGGUGUAUGCACGUACCAACCCCUACCCACACUUCAAGCCCACAUUCAAGACAUCUCUGCUGGGUGCAAUGUUUGGAGUUGUGCCUCUCUUUGCCCUCUACUACAUCUUCAAGACAGACAGGGAUAGGAAGGAGGAGCAGAUUAAGGCUGGAACCCUUGAGCGCAAGUUCAGUUUGUCAUCUUGAGCAAAGACCCACCUGUAUGUUCUAGAGCUAAUGCCAGUGUGUGUAAUUAUUAUUAACCGAAUAAAAUUAUAUUGUCAAACACA